AUGAAAUAUUCAUACAUAAUAUUAUUUUGCAUCAUUUAUACUUGCUUAUCAUACUCAAUUAAGGAUAAAUUUUGUGGAGAUGAUAAUUGCUACUAAUUGUUAUUCUUAAAGAAAGGAGCUUAAUAAAGUGAAAUAAGGAAAUAAUUUAGAGAACUUUCAAGGACUUUUCAUCCUGAUAAAAAUGAAGGGAAUUAAACUUAAUAUGUUAAGAUAGUUUAGGCUUAUGAAGUUUUAAGUAAUGAGGAAACAAAAACUGCUUAUGAUGAAUAUCUUGAAAAUCCAAAUAGAAGUGAAUUUUAUCAUCAUUAUAGAUAUUAUCAAUAGGUUUAUCAUCCACAAACAAAUCCUUAUAUUGUAAUUUCUGUUUCAACUUUACUUUUAUCAAUCAUUUAAUAUGUGGCAAGAAUAGGAAUGUAUAAAAAUGCAAUUGGAAGAGUGAUGGAAUCAACACAUUUUAAAAAGGUUGUAAAUGAAAGAUAAAAGGAAUCUAAUAUGAGUAAGGAAGAAGUGAUUUAAGAGACAUUGAAAGAAGUUAAGAUAACAGGAGCAUGGUCUUAUCCAAAAUUUGAAGAAAUUUGGGUUAUAGCAAUCUUAAAUUUUAUUUAUUCAAUUUUUUAUAGAUUGUAUUUUACUAUGAAAUGGAAAUAUUAUUAUAAGGAUGGGAAUGGUAAAAGGGAAAUAAGUGAAAAAGAUCAAGAAUAUAAGACAUAAAUAUUAUUAGGUAUAAGUAAAAGUAGAUGGGAAUCUGUAGAUAAAGAAUCAUUGAUUAGUCGUUAAUUAUGGAUACCUGAAAAUAUGAAAGAAUUUAAUGAGGAAUAACGUCUUAGAUAAGAGGAAUAUAUUUAGUAACAUAGUAAUAAGUACAAAUAGUAUAAGAGAUUUCAAAAAAAGAUGUAAUGA